CAUUACCUUUUCUGCUCCUUUUUUCUCCUUCUCCUCAAUGCCCAACCAUGUCCCGCUGCUGGUGGAUCGUGGUCUGUCCUACUCCCAAGCAUUGGCAUAUCUUCCAUGCACAUGCAGCUACUUCCCAACGAUCGUGUGGUCAUGUAUGACCGUACUGAUUUUGGAACCUCCAAUAUCUCUCUUCCGGCUGGCAAAUGUCGACCCAACUCAAAUGACUGUUCUGCCCACUCUGUUGAGUAUGAUGUCGCAUCUAACUCUGUACGUCCACUUAUGGUGCUCACAAAUGUGUGGUGUUCCUCGGGAACUUUAAUGCCCGAUGGAAGAUUAGUCCAAACUGGUGGCUUCGCUGAUGGUUAUCGUGUUGUCCGAAAUUACAAAUCAUGUGACUCAUGCGACUGGCAAGAGACACCAAAUGGCUUGAGUAAAGCAAGAUGGUAUGCUACCAAUCACAUAUUGCCCGAUGGUAGGCAAAUUAUUAUUGGUGGACGUCAAGCGUUUAAUUAUGAGUUCUACCCGAAGAUGUCAGCCACUGAAAACUCUCCUAGUUUGCCAUUUUUGGUUCAAACAAAUGAUCCUAAUGUUGAGAAUAAUCUAUACCCAUUUGUAUUUCUCUAUCCUGAUGGAAAUCUAUUUAUGUUUGCCAACAAUCGUGCAAUUUUGUUCGAUUACUCCAAUAACCUAGUUAUCAAGACUUACCCAACAAUGCCUGAUGGUCAGCCAAGAAAUUACCCAAGUACAGGGUCUGCUGUGCUACUUCCUCUGCGGAUAAAAGGAGGGGUCGUAAAUGAGGUUGAAGUAUUGGUUUGUGGGGGCGCACCUAAAGGAGCAUUUGUUAAUGCAAAUAAAGGGAUAUUCGAUGGGGCCUUGGAUACUUGUGGGCGAAUGAAGAUAUCUGACCCUAACCCCCAAUGGAUCAUGGAGACUAUGCCUUUUGCUCGAGUCAUGGGUGACAUGUUGUUGCUCCCCAAUGGCCAUGUUUUGAUCAUCAAUGGCGCAUCAGCCGGAGUUGCAGGGUGGGAACUUGGAAGGAACCCCGUUCUUAGCCCAGUACUCUACCAGCCCGAUAACCAAGCUGGGUCUCGAUUCGAGGUACAGAAUCCAAGCACUAAACCUAGAGUUUACCAUUCAACGGCAGGUUUAUUACGCGAUGGACGUGUUCUUGUCGGGGGAAGCAACCCACAUGAUAAAUAUGAAUUCACAAACGUUCUUUACCCUACUGAACUGAGCUUGGAGGCGUUCUCUCCUUCUUAUUUGGAUUCAAACUCAUCAUCAUUACGCCCAAAUAUAGUCCUUCCCGUUACAAACUCUACCAUUCGUUAUGGGAAACGGGUAGUUGUUGUAUUCACUGUGACAGGCAUUGUGGACCCAAGCUCAGUCUCGGUCACAAUGGUUGCACCGUCGUUCAACACUCACUCAUUUUCCAUGAAUCAAAGAUUGCUGGUACUGGAUGGUGGCAACGCUUCCAAGAUUAUAGGGAAAACAAGAUACCAAAUUGUUGUGACCACACCACCUUCUGGUAACAUUGCACCUAGAGGAUAUUAUCUUUUAUUUGUGGUUCACAAAGAUAUCCCAAGUCCUGGAAUCUGGGUUCAAAUGCAGUGA